AGCCCGCUUUACCUGUAGUGCGCUCAGGUCUCUGGAUCUGGAUCUGCUCUACAGUCUUGUCCCGGUCUUUCCCGACGGUCUAUCUAGUCUUGAGUAAACCGGAGGAUCCUUCUGAUUGGCUGCGGAGAUAGCAAGCUCUUUCCAGCCCACCCACCGCUGAUUAUAGAGACUCUUGCAGACUCUCUUCCCUUCCUUGCAUUGAGUCUGGGAACUGGCCACUGGGGCUGCACGGCACACCGAGCGCGCAUCAUGGCAGCUACCCACAGCGAAUACAGAGGCUACCUGCGGAACACCGUCGACAUCGAGGCAGGGCAGCACCGCUUCCACCCGGUGCAGAGCUCGGAGCCCACUUACCGGCCGCUCCUAUUCGGAACCCUCGCUGUUAUGGGAUUGCUUCAGGUGGCUUCCAGCGUGGCGAUCUUACUACACCUGACAGGUUAUCUGCAAGAGGUAGAUUUGUCCACGGCCCCACAUCGGCCCAUUGAGGAAGUACAGACGGAGCCGGUGCUGAACGCGCUGAGAGACACGAGGAAAAAAGGACGGUGCAAAACUCCAAAAGAGAGCCUGGCAUCAGCUCAUCUACCAAUCAGAGUGCACCAGGAGUACUCUAAGAAGGGUGAGCGGAAGCCCAUCACCAUUGACUGGGACCAGGAGCAUGGAUACUGCCACAGAAUGGGCUACCAGAAGGGGAAACUGCUGGUGAUGGAGUCAGGUUUCUACUAUAUCUACGCCAAGACCUGCUUCCGCUACUACCUUUACGUGCCUUUAGAGGACAGCAGCAGCCAGGCCGGGGUGGAUGUUAGCAACACCCAGCUCAUCCAGUACGUCUACCAUGAGAGCAUCAAACAAAACAGCAAGUCGGUGGUGCUGAUGAAGACAGGCAGCACGAUGCGCUGGAAUAGUACCAGCUAUAACAUGUACUGCGCCCAGCAGGGCCGAGGCGUCCGGCUGGAGGUGGGAGACGCCUUGUACGUCAAUGUGUCCAAUGCUUGGCUGCUGGACCUGGAGGGAGAAGGGACGUAUUUUGGGGCCAUAAAGUUGGGUAACUGAGAAAUGAAAACACGUGGGGAGCGGACAUGCUACUGAACAUUUGAUAUGCCAAAGAACCACUGUUAGUGAUUUUAUAAUGUUAAUUUGUUAAUUUGUUUUGGUUCAUGUGUUGUUGUUGCUUUUUUAUCUUUCCCACAUGUGAAAAAAUGUAUUUGCGUUCUGAGUUUAUAGUCAGAAUUCUGAGAUCUGACUUUUAUCUCAGAAUUCUGACUUUAAACUCAGAACUCAAAUAGAGUUUUCACAAGUGGCCCUUAUCCACUUCCGUAGAAUAGCCUUGGAAUCUUUUUAUGAGAACACAUAAUGGAAAAGGUUGUCACCUUUAAAAAACCUUGUCUUGCCCCGCAGCACAAACAAAAUUGAGGCACACAGCUCUCAACUUCAUUAAAAAUAGCACUGGAGUCUUUUUUCCAAGUAUUGUGCUUGGUAUUGUGAAAUUUUAAUACAUUUCCGUUCAGUUUAAAACAUUUAGACUUAAGUACAUACAUGUGUUUGUCCACUAAUUAAAAAAGCCAUGAGGGAGCAACUUAGGGAGUAAGUUUGUUGGCAAGAGUGUGCAGCGAGAAAGGAUUUAUCAAUGUUGGAAAAACGGCAUGUUGUAAGAACAUUGUAGCUGAUAGAGCAUCUGCUUGUACUUAACAGAUUAUCACAGAAUAAAAAUAAAACAACUCCCAGGUGUGCCUCCGAGCCACAGCAGUGAAUGCACAAAUGUUUUCCUGGAAGGUUUUGUAAGUGUGAACAAGGUAGGCAAUGGGGCGUUCUGGCAGUAAGUAACUCAACGGUACAAUCUGAAAUAGGCAGUUAGAUGGUGAUUUAUAUCGCUGAUCCAAAUCUCUUAGGCAUCUUUUCAAAACUUCGUUCUAUGAAAGAUACACUUUGACUCUGACACAAGACACAGUUUAAAAAAA